CCCCCACCACCACCACCCCCACCUCAGCACGAGAUCAUCUACGACUAUGUGGCCCCAGCUCACUACCAGUACGACUACGCUGUGAAGGACUCCCACACGGGAGACCACAAGGAGCAGUGGGAGACUCGUGAGGGGGACACGGUGCGUGGAGCGUACAGUCUGGCCGAUGCGGAUGGCACCAUCCGAAUCGUCGAGUACACCGCCGACCCCCACAACGGAUUCAACGCCGUAGUCAAGAGGGUGGGACACCCCCUGCCGCCGCCCCCACAGCCGCCCACGCUGCCGCCGCCACCACCACCUCCACCGGCGCCCCACGGCCCGCUGCCGCUGCCCGUCCACCCCUGAGGAUGAGCACCGACUCCGACAUCGGAACACUGAAACCGACGACCCAGCGCGUUCAUCGGCCACCGAGAAUAUUUCUUCUUCCUUCUCUUCCUUAUCCCUUUCCUACUCGCUUAUACAGCUACCGCUGACGCUAAAAAAACUCAUGUGUGAUACGUGUGUGUGACAAUCACGCCAGGGAACUGUACAUAUCGACGACUCCAUGCGAUGAUAUAAUGACAGACGUGAAUUGUUAUUGUAUUUAUUUGUUGAUACAUUGA